CCAUACCUAUUAAAAAUGAUGAAAAUGUGGAUGCCAUCUGCAGAUGAAACACUCAAGAAGCUGAAGCAACUCUACUCCUUUAUUGGCAGGUACAGAUCAAUUUGUGAGGCUCACUCUGUGGAUUUCUAUUUGCAUGACAACUGGAGUAACUGUCUACCUCAGAGCUGGAGGGAUGAGAUUGUAAGCAUCGAUGAGUGCUGGUAUGUCAAUCCCCCUAGUGGAGGAGGACCUAUGAAAGAAGGUUCUUUGAUGGAUUUCUUUUGUGAAGCAAAGAAAUUAAGACUGCCCUUGACUGUUGAUGACAUACCGGUACCACAAAAGACAGUUCCCAAAAUGGCUUCAUUUGCCAUGUCGGCCAAGAAAAGCCACGAAGUCAAAAGAUUCUCACAAUUUGUGUGUGAUGAUGUCCUGAAGCAAUGUGAACAUGUACAACAAGUGGUUGAUGUGGGCAGUGGUAAGGGCUACUUGAGUGAGUAUCUGGCUCGGUGCUCGGGAGUGACAGUGGUCGGCCUGGACUCUCAGCCCAUGAACACUCGAGGAGCUUUGAACAGGAAACAAAAGGUGUCGAAGAGGUGGAAGAAGAAAGCUAAGGCUGGAGUCCUUAAACGAUCGCUUGCUGAUUUAUCAAGAAAGGAUAUAUCAUUGACUGAAGAUAGUUUGAGCAUAUCCGACCUUUUCAAUGAACUAAGCUCUACGUUAUCCGCUCCUGAAGAUUCCAGCGACAGCUGUCUGAAGGUAAACACUUCCAAUGAUGUACCUGAUUCAUCAGUGUCAGCUCGUUUGAAACCAGUUGCUGUUAAAACAGAUGUGUUGCAAGCAGUGGCUGUUGAUGAUUCCAACCAUUAUAUUGAAACUGACUCACUUACAGAGCCUUUAAUGAAUUCUGCUUCGAGUUUUGUCCCAAUCACCAUUGAAAUCAAUCCCAGUGAUUACAAUAGACUACUAACAGAAGCAGAACAGUUGUCUGAUGGAAGGUUCAUUUCUCAGGAGCCGUUCUGCAUCAUUGGGUUGCAUGCUUGUGGAGAUCUGACCUCUACUGCUCUUAGAAUGUUUUCGUCGCUUCCAACAGCAGCUGCAGUGUGUGUUGUGGGAUGCUGUUACCAUCACAUUACAGAGGAAGGAGGCACUACUGGCUUCCCCCUUUGCAACUACUUGAGAUCAAUUGAUGCUCACUUGGGGAGAAAUACUCGCAUGCUGGCAUGUCAGACUCUGGCUCGGUUUACUGAAACAACAUCUGUUGAAGCUAUUCUUAAGAUACACUGGCGAGCCAUGUUACAAGUGGUGUUGUCAAGGCAUUUCUCUGAAUUAUUCAAUGCUGUAGAGAGGCUCAAAACUGACUUAGUUGUUGGUCGAAUGAAAAAACCUGUCAAAACUUUUCAAGAGUAUUGUGCAAUUGCUCUGCAGAGGCUGAAACUGGAUGUCAAUAGAAUAAAUCCAAGUCAUUUGACUUCAAUUGAACUGGAGUACUUAUCAAGAAUCACAAAGCUGCAGCAGUUUAUUCGGGUUAGGGCAGUUUUGGCUGCUUGUAUCGAGAGUGUUAUUAUUUUGGACAGACUUCUUUUUCUUCAAGAGCAGCAUGACAUUGCAACGGCCGGUCUUGUACAACUGUUCGACCCAGUGACUUCACCUAGAUGCUAUGCCAUUGUUGCACUAUCGAGCCAUGCCUGUUGAGAGCCAGGUGAUUCAACUCAUGUGCUGAAGUUUUGUGUGUGGUAUCUUUUUUUCUGACCUAAGAGAUUUUUACUUAAACGAUCGUUCAUAGUUUGGACUUGAUGGCUUCGUUAUGAAACUCUGCUCGUGAAACAUUUUGCUCUACCAUUGUGUAACGUCGUUUUUUAAGUUUGAAUAUCAUACUGCAUUAAUUCUAUAUGAACGUA